CAGACCAAACCAGCCCAGCCUUUGAACUUCACCGCUUUUGGCUCUCAUUCACCAGCUUUUCCUCACUUCACAGCCAGGUGCUUUGCUAGGCGAGACACCUCCAGGAAAAACACAAAUACUUUCAGACCAAGCGAUUUCGGAACUUGCGCUUCUCGGUGGAUCUUGCGCGCAUGGCUGUAUUCCAACUCUCCCCUGCGCGUUGAUUCUAAAACGGAAGAAUCGAACACUGGAUUUUAAUAUAUUCUUUCUUUCUCAAUUAUUCUCACACUCGAGAACUGGUAUGAGCAGUGUCUAUCUUCGGGACAGGUGAAUACAUUUCCUGGUUGGUCGAGUAACUUUUCUCGUUGUUGUAAAGGGAAUAAACGGUCGCACCUAAAAUGUCAAAGCCGGUAGAUCACAUCAAGAGACCCAUGAAUGCCUUUAUGGUUUGGUCCCGGGGUCAGAGGAGAAAAAUGGCACAGGAGAAUCCCAAAAUGCACAACUCAGAAAUCAGCAAAAGACUUGGUGCCGAGUGGAAGCUGCUUUCAGAAUCCGAGAAGCGACCUUACAUUGACGAGGCGAAGAGGCUGAGAGCGCAGCACAUGAAAGAGCACCCUGACUACAAGUAUAGACCCAGACGCAAGCCCAAGAAUUUACUCAAGAAAGACAGGUACGUCUUCCCCCUGCCCUACCUUGGGGAUACGGAUCAUUUGAAAGGACUUCCUGUAUCUGCCACGGACACUCUUCUGGGAUCCUCAGAAAAAGCUAGAGCGUUCCUGCCGCCUACAUCGGCACCUUACUCUUUCCUCGACCCCAGCCAGUUCAGCUCUAGCGCAAUUCAGAAGAUGACAGAAAUGCCCCACACUUUGACCACCAGCACUUUGCCAUACGCCUCCUCAUUAGGAUAUCAGAAUGGCGCUUUCGGCAGCUUGGGGUGCCCAAGCCAGCACACUCACACUCACCCGUCACCCACAAACCCUGGGUACGUCGUGCCCUGUAACUGUACCGCCUGGUCAGCGUCGAGUUUACAGCCCCCGGUUGCCUACAUAUUGUUCCCAGGCAUGACCAAAACUGGGAUAGACCCAUACUCUUCAGCACAUGCUGCUGCCAUGUAACGUGAAAACAAAAUCAAAACAGACUUAUUUCUGAAACAUGAAUACAGCAACGCAUGUAAAUAAAGACAACGCUCCAAAACGAAAUGAUCAAAUAAAGUGAAGCGGUGGACUUCUGUUUUAACGGAAAAUGAACAAAAAACUUUUUACGAUCACUAACAGGACGUUUCUACAAAGACCUUCGCACGGAACUUGGAAUAGCUGUAAGGCAGGUGCCCUGUGAAUUGUAAGAAUUGUAAAUGUUAAAACGUUUAUUAUUGGCCACCGACU